AUGGCUUGUCUUUGCCCUAUUGCGCUUGCCGUCGGGAGGAUAUCAGGGCAUCCAAUAUGUAUUGCCAUAUCACCACCAACACUGGUGGAACAGCAGGUAGGUGGCAAAAAUGGAGGAGAAUGGAUGGAGGAUGGUGGCGGUGGGACUGGCAAACAAAGCAUCUGGGUUCUUGAGCUCUGA